UUGUAACGUUAUGGUUAGCUAGCUAAGCAUCUUGCAGCGAUGAACCUGAUCAACAGCUAUGUUUCCGAUGUGCAGAGCCUGUAAAAUAGCUACAGUGUUCUAGACUAGCUACAUAACGUUUGUAGCUAAUGGCGAUGAUAAAGCGUCCCAAGCCCACUGACUCCGAGGCCGACAUCCUAAGAGAGCAGGAGAAGUUCCUGGCCUCCGGGUCCCCAUCCACAGUCAAUGUGGUCAGACGACCGGACAAGAGAGCAGGACAGUCAGGCGGGGCUGAUGAAGACCAGAGAGAUGUGGUCACAAUCCAAGAUCUUCCAGAUGAUCUCCCCACUUUGACUCCUGCUCCUCCCAAAAAGUCUCGCCUCAAAGGCGAGCGUGUUCGCUUCGAGGAUGAGGACCCGGAGGAGUUGCUCGACCGACACGACACUCACAUCAGUGCUGUUCUCUCCAAAAUUAUUGAGAGGGACACUAGUUCUACUCCUGUGUCCUUACCAGCAUUCACAAGCCUGGCUUUUCCCAAAGCUUUCCACCGGCCUGAGAUGGAGAACCUGGUUCCAACUAACGGUCGUAAGAGGAGCAUUUUCGCUAGACAGACUGCAGCACAGAUGAUAACUGAGGAGAAGACUCAGUGUGCGCCAGGAUGGAUGGGCCCAACUUCUGGACCCGGUGUCCUGAACCUUUCUCCAGAGUGCUGCGUGGAGGUGGAAGCUCCUCCCUCAAGACUGGACAGAUUCAGCGCGAUGGCGGGCCCUAGGCUGGUGUCUGGCCAGGGACUGGGGGGGCCAGGCGGUACAGCGGAAACUCUGCAGAUCCAUCAGGAGAACCAGGCCAAAAUACAGGCCAUGUCUAAAGACCAGAUCCUGGAGGAGCAGCAGAGGCUGUUGGUCCAGCUAGAUCCCAGACUGGUUGACUUCGUGAGGUCUCGUAAGGCAGCGGGAGGCUCCGCCCCCAAGUCCCAGGAUGCCAGAGGCAGGAAACCACAUCUUCAAGAAUCCGUCGUGACAGGGAUGGACACAGAGAAGACAGUGGAGGAAACAGCGGAGGUAGUGAUGGAAGAAGAGGAAGAUGAGGAAGAAACCGCCCCGCAACCACCAAUGAAAGAGGAAGACCUUCCCAUCAAGCCUCAGAAGGACUGGGUCCACAUGGACAAGUUGGAGCCAGAGAAGCUGGAGUGGAUCAGGGAUCUUCCUGCUCCCAGACGGAAAGGAACCAAGAUGGCCAUGCAGGCUCGAUUUGACUUUGCUGGAACCCUGAUCCCGCCCACGGAGGACCUGCCCACUCACCUUGGCCUGCAUCACCAUGGGGAUGAGCCUGAGCUGGCAGGUUACUCCCUGCAGGAGCUUUUCCUCCUGUCUCGAAGUCAGCUGAUCCAGCAGCGAAGCCUGGCCCUCAGCACGCUGGCCCACGUCCUCACCAAGGCCCGAGCCGGGGAGUUUGCAGCUGCCCUCAAGGGCAGCGUGGUGUCCACCCUGCUGGAUGCCGGCCUCCUCUUCCUGCUGCGCUUUUCGCUGGACGACAGUGUGGAGGGGGUGAUGUCUGCCGCUGUGCAGGCGCUCCGGGCGCUCCUGGUGUCCCCAGGCGACGAAGAGUGUCUGGACGCCACCCUGUCAUGGUUACACGGGCUAGCUUCCUUUCCUCUGCUUCCCACCGCUGAGGAGGAGGAGGAUGAGGAAGACGAGGGCCUGCCGGAGGUCAUGAGAGAGACGGCCGAAGAGAAGGAAGAGAAGAAGACUGAUCACGACGUGGCAAGGCAUGAUGUUGUGAAGGGUGUACUAAGGAUGAAACUGCUUCCACGGCUUCGCUACAUCCUGGAGGUGGUUCGCCCUUCACCCAAGGUGGUCCAGGACGUGCUGGCAGUCCUGAUCCGAGUCGCCAGGCACUCUUCCUCCGCGGCCACUCAGGUCUUGGACUGCCCCCGUCUGAUGGAGACUGUGAUGUCGGAGUUCGUGCCCUGCUCCUGGACCGUGCCCGCCUCGCCCAACGCCCAGCCUGUGUACGGCGUCCCCGUGGCCGAUGCUGUGAAGCUCCUGCGGGUACUGGCCUCCGCUGGCAGACACGUCUGUGCCAGGCUGCUGAACUCUCUGGGCGCGCGGGAGUGUCUGUCUCGCCUGCUGGCCCCGGAGCCUGCGGAGCUGCAGCUGGAGCCGGGGGAGGCCCUGCGGGUCAGUACGGAGGCUUACUGGCUCUGGGCUGUGGCAGCCAGUUACGGGCAGGCCUGCAGCCUCUACGUGGACCUGUACCCCGUCCUUGUGAAGGCGUUGCAGUCGGCCCCCUGGCCCCGGUCCCCGUCAGACCCCCUGCUGUCUCUGGAGCUCCGCAGGCACCAGGCUCUGCUCACUCUGCUCACACACGUCACACACACGGCCGGCUGUCAUCAGGAGCUGCAGGCGGGGCUGGUCAGUUCCCAGGGGGCCGAGUGUCCUCCCCCGCCCCCAGUGACAUGGGGUCACGUGAUGGGUCUGCAGCCCGCUGUGCUGGGGCUGUUGAAGGGCUGCAUAAGGACCCUGGGGGACCCUGUCCAAAGGGAGAGCACUUUGAGGCUGGUCCCUUCCUACCUGCUCUACCUGGGGGCCUUCUACUCCCAGCUCUCCCUCCAGAGGUCGUUCAGUCCGGUGGCGUGUCUGCAGGAGCUGGAGAAGCUGACUGCUGAGGUUCUUCUCCCCCUGCUGUCCCACGAGGCCGUUCACAGCCUGAUUAACAACCUCCAGUCCUGCUCAGCCGUUUGUAACCCCCAGUCCUGCUCUCCCAGCCCUGAGACCGUCCCCAGUCUGCCGGGCCUCGGCUGCUCACAGUGGAUUUCUGGCGGUCUGGCUGGAACCAGCUCCCCUUUCCCCCUCGUCACCUCCCUCUGCUACCUCCUGGACACUCUCAUCAGCCUGCACAAAGGCUUGGUCCGCAAAUUCAGCUCUCUGCUCCUCUUUGAGUCUGUGCUGCGUUACCUGCGUGCCUGUGGCAGAGCCAAGCCCACCCCGUCUCACUGGAUCCUGCGUCAUGAACAGCACCUACUGUUUCUGCUGCUGAAGCUGUCCAUCAGGCUGGUUCCCUCUGACCCGGAGGUGGCAGUGCAUGCAACCCUGUUCCACCACACGUCUCUGGUGAUGCUUCCCUGGCUCCUACCUGGCAGUGAAUUCCUGGCUCAUGAACUCAUGUCAACCAUGGUCUUCAACAAAGACUUCAUGCCAGAGGGUCAGAGUGGAGGCCCCGAGGCUGCAGAGCUGUCUGAAUUGCAGCUCCAGGAUCGCCCCUCUCCUUCCCUUCAGACCCUGGGUCCUCUGCUGAGGGAAGCCUGUGUCCAGCUGCCCUCCAUCCGGGGCUGCUACCUCUUCCACCUGGCCCACAUGGAGCCUGCUGUCCUCUCCUCCCAGGACUACCACCUGGGCCGGACGCCCUGGAUCAACACCCAGCUCCUCCCGGGGCUCACCGGACCCUCCCUACCGUCCGAUUGGCCCUUCCUGCCCCUCGUCAGUCUGUACGAGCGGGCGGGGGCUCCGGAUGGCGGGGGCCAGCAGGUGGAGUCGCUGCCCGCUGGUUCGGUGCAGUCGGUCACCUUCUGCCUGCAGUGGCUGUUGCUCCUGGAGGUCUGGAGGGAGGAGGCCCUCCGGGUGGUGCUGCCUGUUGCCAAGCUGGCGCGUCUGGCCUGUGUCUUCCUGAGCUCCAGUGACCUCUUCCUGGAGAGACCAGUCCAGAGGCUGACCUGGGCUCUCUUCAGGCUGCUGACAAGGCCGUCCCGGCUGGAUGCUCUGGACGUCAACUCCCCUCCUCCGGGCCUGGCCUCCUUCGACGACCUCUAUUCUGCCCUGUUGGGACAGUUUGAGGCGGUGUCAUUCGGUGACCACCUGUUUGGCUGCUUUGUCCUCUUACCCCUACAGAGGCGCUACAGCGCCACCAUGAGGCUGAAGCUGUUUGGGGAGCAUGCGGGCCUGCUGCGCUCCCUGGGGGUAACACUGGAACAGCUGGCCAUCCCCAUUGAGAGGUUCACGUCACCCCCAGAGGAUUCUCUGCCUCUGCUGCGCCUCUACUUCCGGACACUGGUGACGGGGGCACUGAGGCAGUGCUGGUGUCCUGUGCUCUACGUGGUGGCGUUGUCCCACCUCAACACCUUCAUCUUCUCCCAGGAUGCAGGCCCCCAGCAGGUGGAAGCAGCCCGUCGCAGCCUUCUGAGGAAGACUCACUACUUGACCGAUGAGGUGCUGAGGAGCCACCUGCUGCUCUUCAGGCUGCCCCAGAAGGCCUCUGAGCUGGGCUUUGACACCUUCGACCAACUGCCUCCAAUCCGGCAACGCAGACUGGAGAGUGUUCUGCUUGCCAAGGAUGCGAGUGAUGUUAAAGUGGAAUGAGAGGAGGGAAACAAAUGACGGUUUUCAUCUGAUGUCGAGGUUACCAGCUCCGGGCCUGCUUCACUGGCAACAUUCAGAAAGAAUGAAGACAAGUGGUAAAGGGUGCUUGGAAGCCUCUGUAUCAAAACUGUGAAGGUGGUUUGAAUAAAACAUGCUUUUGUCUGAAUAUUA